UCAGCCACAGUGUGUUUUGGAAACACACACCCAGCAUAUCUCACGAGCUGUCAGCUGCUCUAAAGUUCUAAGAGACGUCUCCGGUCUCCAGGUCACCGCCGUCGUUUAAAGCUCGAGCAGUCGGACAACUUCCUACAAUCCGGUGCUGUGUAUAAAUGCGAACGUUAUCGUUAAUCAGCUGAAAGUAACGUUAGUGUUUUUAGAGCGCGAGACAAAAGAAAAUGGAUUCCCAGGUCUCGGAAAAGGAGACGAUUUCAGUUGUGAUUAAAGCGCCGAAUCAACUUCAUGACGAUCAGACAAUCGAAAAUGUAAACAUUAACUGGACGGUGAAGGAUCUGAAAACUCAUUUGGCGAGAAAUUAUCCGUCCAAACCGGCUGAAAAAGACCAGAGACUGAUCUACUCAGGCAAACUGCUCACAGACAACCUGCAAAUCAGAGACGUUUUUAGAAAGACAGAUGCAGUACCCACACUUCACCUUGUGUGUGCAUUUAAACCCCAGCCUGAUUUUCAGCAGGGAGCCAGACCUAAGGUCAAACCAGUAGAGCAGCAGGCAUCUCUAGCCCCUGCCUCUCAGGCACCAUCUGCGCCUGCUGUGUCCUCUACUGCCGGUCUCAGACAGCGUGGUCACCCUGCCCCUGCUGUGCCGACUGCUGCAUGGCCUGCCACGGGCACUGGCACAAGCAUAUCCGAGCCAAGACCAGCAGCGAUGACCCAUCCAGCCUUCCCAACAUACUCACUUUACAGCCCACAGCAACUCCUUUGGCUCCAGCAUAUGUACGCUCGACAGUAUUAUAUGCAGUACCAAGCAGCUAUUGCAGCUGCUGCCUCAGUUCCAGUGACACCUCCUACAUCACUUCCUGUCAUGCCGCAACAAGCCACUGUACCUGCAGGACUACCCAAUCAGGCACCUAUUGAGAACCUGCCAGCCAAUCAGAAUGUUCCAGACCCUGCUUUUAUCAACCCAGAUGGAGCCAAUCAGAACAUACGCAUGAAUGCUCAGGGUGGGCCAGUGAUGGAGGAUGAAGAGGAUGUGGAAAGAGAUUGGUUGGAUUGGGUUUACACUGCCUCUCGCUUUGCUGUGUUUCUGAGCAUAGUUUACUUCUAUUCCAACCUGAGUCGCUUCAUUCUAGUGAUGAGCAGCCUGUUCCUCAUGUACCUGCACACUGCUGGCUGGUUCCCAUUCAGACAAAGAGCUCGGGCUCAGCCUCCAAACCAACCAGCGGCAGAGGUCAUUCAGAAUCAACAGAAUCAGAACCAGGACAGACAAGAACCGAUGGUGCCCCCUGCUGAAUUGGAGGAUGGUGAGACAGAUGGGGGCGCUGAUGUUCCACUCCCCACGAUCGCAGUUCCUGUGUCUCCAGUUCGACCUUCCCUUCUCUGGACAGCCUGGGUGUUCUUCAAAGCUUUCUUUGCCUCCCUUGUCCCUGAAGCUCCUCAGGCUGUGGCUAACUGAGUUCAGCAAAAAUGUGGUCAUACUGGUCAACUCAAAAGUAGCACCAACCAUGAAGGAGAACUGUCUCCUCUUAGAUACAUUUUUCUCGACCUUUUGCGAACAUGUGGUCUGUGACUCCUGGAUUAGAUUUUAUUUAGAUUAGUGUUUAAUGGAGCUCCAGGUUCAACUGUUCAGCACUUUUAAGCUGUUUGGUGAUAUGACCAAAAUCCUCAUUUCUUCUUUCAACCAAAUAGUGUGUAUAUAGUGUAAAUAAGUGCUGAAUCAACUUGUAAAUGUUUCUGUAUAGUUUCUGCACAGCACUUUACAUUUUCUCUCUGCCAGCAUCAGUCUGUCAUCUUGCACAGUGCUUAUGUCAUCAGGACUUCAUUUUCCCGGAAUGAUCCAGAGAUUGAAAACAUGAGUGGAACUUGGCUUAUCUUCUCAAACAUGACUGACAUUGAAGGUUAUUAAUAGUUUCUUUGUGUACAAAUGCCUGACAUAAGGCUUGUGAUUUUGGCACUUAGAUGUACUACUGUUCUGUGUUUUGGGAAUGAAUUAUGUUCAAGCUUAUCUCACACUUUAAGUUAAAAGAAUAUACAAAAUAAUACCAAUCAUAUGCAUAAAAUAUUAACAACCCAAGAAAGGUUUGUUUGUGACUACUGGAACAAACAUGAAUCCUGCAUGAAUGAAUAAGUAGCUCCUAUUUAAUCUGUUUUGCAUCAGCAUGUAAUGUAAAUGAACAGGCAUCUGAAAGCAAACAAGUAUCAUUUCUUAAAUAAAAUAAUACAUUUAAAUAAUAAAAUGCUUUGAUCUUGGA